AUGGUCGUGAAGCGCGCGGCCAUUCUCCUGCUCCACCUCGUCCUCGUCCUCGUCCUCGCGGCGUCGACAUCAGCGGACGAGCGGGCCACGGUCGUGCGCCGGCGGCGGCAGGUCCUGCUGCAGGAGAAGGCCACCCUGCUGGCCCUGAAGCGGGGGCUCACGCUGCCGUCGCCGUCGGCCCUGGCGGACUGGAACGAGUCCAACAACCACGUCUGCGGCUUCACCGGCGUCACCUGCGACUGGCGGCGGGAGCACGUCAUCGGGCUUGUCCUCGCCAACAUGAUCAUCUCCGGCACCAUUCCAGUGGUCAUCGGCGAGCUUUCGCACCUCCGGAGCCUUGACAUGUCCAACAACAGCAUCUCCGGCCCCGUACCGUCAUCCGUCGGCAACCUCACACGCCUCCAGAGCCUCGUCAUGCACAACAACCUCAUCUCCGGCAUCAUCCCUCCGUCCAUCGGCAACCUCACGAGCCUCCUGAACCUCGACGUAUCCAGCAACCUCCUCACGGGGCAGAUUCCAGCUGAGCUCUCCAACCUCCGAAAACUCGGCACACUUGAGCUCGGCAAUAACCAGCUCCGCGGCGGCAUACCGCCGUCCCUUGCCGAACUGACUGGCAUGUACUACCUCAGCCUGGAGCAUAACUACCUUUCAGGCCCCAUCCCAGCCGCUAUCUUCCUCAACUGCACCCGUCUGGGCGUCGCCGACCUCGGUGACAACGAUCUUUCCGGUGAGAUCCCCCGCGACGUCUCUGGCAACCUCGCCAACACGUUUGCCGUCCUCAACCUCUACUCCAACAAGCUGACUGGGACACUUCCACGGUGGCUCGCCAACUGCUCGAUUCUACUGAUGCUAGAUGUGGAGAACAACUCGCUCGCCGACGAGCUGCCGACCAGCAUCAUAUCGGGCAAGAAGCACCUCAUGUACCUGCAUUUGUCAAACAACCAGUUCUGGAGCCAUGAUGGCAACAGCAACCUGGAGCCCUUCUUCGAUGCGCUGUCGAACUGCUCGUCGAUACAAGAGGUCGAGGCCGGCGCCGUGCGGAUGGGCGGGCGGCUGCCAAGCCGGCUCGGCUCGAUGCUCCCGCCGAACAUGUGGCACCUCAACCUGGAGCUGAACGCCAUCGAGGGCCCGAUCCCGACAGGCAUCGGCGACGUGAUCAACAUGAAGCUGAUGAACCUGUCGAGCAACAUGCUGAACGGGACGAUCCCGGCGUCCCUCUGCCGGUUGCCGAGCCUGCAGCAGCUCAGCCUGUCCGACAACAACUUGACGGGUGAGAUCCCACCAUGCAUUGGCAACGCCACGCGCCUUGGCGAGCUAGACCUGUCAGGCAACGUGCUGUCGGGGAGCAUCCCGAGCAGCAUCGGGAGCCUUGUCCAGCUCAGCAUUCUCUCCUUGCAGAGGAACCGGCUGACCGGGGAGAUACCGGUGAGCAUCGGCCGCCGUGCCAGCCUUCAACGCCUCGACCUCUCGAGCAACCGCUUGACCGGCCUGAUACCCGAAGAGGUUGCCGGCAUUGCCAAGAUGACACUGAACCUGUCUCGCAACCAACUCGGGGGCAGGCUGCCAAGCGGCCUCAGCAACAUGCAGCAAGUGCAGACGAUCGACCUGUCCUGGAACAACUUCACCGGCAACAUCUCUGCGGGCCUCGCGAACUGCGUCGAGCUGACGGUGCUAGACCUGUCGUACAACUCUCUCGCCGGCGUCCUCCCCUUGUCCCUCGGCAGCCUGCAGAACCUGGAGAGCCUCGACGUCUCGAACAACUCCCUGACCGGCGAGAUCCCCUUGAGCCUGACCAAAUGUACCAGGCUGAAAUAUCUCAACCUGUCGUACAACGACUUCAGCGGCGUCGUGCCCACCACAGGCGCAUUCGCGCGGUUCAAGUUCAGCUUCAUGUCCUACCUUGGCAACCCGCGGCUUUGCGGUCCGGUGGUCAGGCGGAGCUGCGGAAUGCACCAUCGCAAGUGGUACCAGUCCCGGAAGUUCUUGGUCGUCAUGUGCGUCAGCGCCGCCGCGCUGGCGUUCGCGCUGACGGUCCUCUGCGCGAUCAGCGUCCGUAAGAUCCGGGAGCGGCUCGCAGCGGUGCGGGAGGACAUGUUCAGGGGACGCCGCAGUGCUGGAUCGUCGCCGGUGAUGAGGUACAAAUACCCGCGGAUCACGUACCGGGAGCUGGUCGAGGCGACCGACGAGUUCAGCGCGGACCGGCUCGUCGGGACGGGCAGCUACGGGCGGGUGUACCGCGGCACGCUGCGCGACGGCGCCAUGGUCGCCGUGAAGGUGCUGCAGCUCCAGUCGGGGAACUCGACCAAGAGCUUCAACCGCGAGUGCCAGGUCCUGAAGCGCAUCCGGCACCGGAACCUCAUGCGGAUCAUCACGGCGUGCAGCCUGGCUGACUUCAAGGCGCUGGUGCUGCCGUUCAUGGCGAACGGCAGCCUCGAGCGGUGCCUCUACGCGGGGCCGCCCGCCGAGCUGAGCCUGGUGCAGCGCGUCAACAUCUGCAGCGACAUCGCCGAGGGGAUGGCCUACCUGCACCACCACUCCCCGGUCAAGGUCAUCCACUGCGACCUCAAGCCGAGCAACGUCCUCAUCAACGACGACAUGACCGCGCUCGUCUCCGACUUCGGCAUCUCCCGGCUGGUCAUGAGCGUCGGCGGGGUGGCCAACACCGCCGACGUCGGUUCCUCCACAGCGACCAUGCUGUGUGGCUCCAUCGGGUACAUCCCUCCAGAGUACGGCUACGGCUCGAACCCGACAACAAAGGGCGACGUGUACAGCUUCGGCGUGCUGGUGCUGGAGAUGGUGACGAGGAGGAAACCAACCGACGACAUGUUCGAGGCAGGGCUGAGCCUGCCCAAGUGGGUCAAGAGCCGCCACCACGGCCGCGCCGACGCGGUGGUCGACCCGGCGCUGGCGCGCAUGGUCCAGGAGCAGACACCCGAGGUCCGGAGGAUGUCGGACGUGGCCAUCGGCGAACUGCUGGAACUCGGCAUCCUCUGCACCCAGGAGCACGCGUCCGCGCGGCCGACCAUGAUGGACGCCGCCGACGACCUGGACCGGCUCAAGCGGUACAUCGGCGGCGACACGACCGCUACCUUCGCGUCGUCGCUGGGCUUCUCCUCCACGACAUUUGAAGAUAUCGAUUGACCAGUAGCAGCAGCUACUUGUGAUGCAUGCAUACGCAGGUCGCAUUGCUCCAAGAGAUUGGUUCUAUUCUAACCGGUAAAGCU